CCGCUUCCUGCGAGACGGCCUAUUGGCGCGUUGAGGGGAGGGCUCUUCGGCUUCUUCCUCGGCAGCACCCUCGCUGCCGGCGGGGUGUAUUACUACGCGAUUCAGGAGUACAAGGCCUCGAACGAUCUGCUGACUGAGGACAUAUACGCUCUCCAAAAUGCGGUCGACCGGUUGAGCCAGUACGUGGAGACGCUUGAGCAGAAGAUGGAUGCGUUGGAGCGGAAGAAGAAAUGA